CGUUUUAAAAUUAGAAAACCACUGGCAGUCGGGAACAGUUUCACUUGGUCUUAGUUGUCGCGGUGAGGAAAUCUUCUUUCAAAUCAAUCUUUCGACGUUAAGAUGAAAGUUCUGGUGCUUAUCCAAGCCACACAUCUAUUAUGUUCAGUUCUGAUACUGGUUUCUUCAGCUCCAGUCGAGAAUGAAAUUCACGUUAGAGGCACUGAUUUGGAAGAAGAGAAAGAAGAACACCUUCCUCCGAUAAUUCCUCCGGAGUUUGAACUGAAAGAAAGAGAGUUUCCAGAAAGAGAAGAGGAGAACGAGGAAGAAAAAGAGAAUGAAAACACGGUACGGGAAGAAUUUGAACACUUCCGUGACGAGGAGAGUUUGAAGAACUUUUUAAAGAGGCUGAAAAGGGAGCUUGCGUUGGAAAAGACUGCAAGGGAAGAAAACGAAGAAAGGGAAGAGCUCAGUAAUGAGGAGCUUCUGGAAAGGGAACUUCCUGAAGAAAUAGAAGAAAUACCAAAAGAAAAAGGUGCACGGGAACUGAAAGAGGAAGAUGGGUUGGAAAUGUUUUAUCGGAAUUUGAAGAGAGACCUUGAAGAGAAACCGGCGAGAGAUUUGCCUGAUGAGGAAAUGGAGCAUGAAUCCCCUGAGGAAGAAGAAGAAAUGUCAGAAAGAGAACUUGAUGAAGAACUCGAGGAGAACUCUAAACGGGAGUUAGAAGCAGAAGAGUUGGAGGAAACUGUGGCUGAGGAACGUGAAGAUAAGCGGGAAUUGGCUGAGGAUGAGAGAUCGAGGGAGGAACUCGAAGAAAACGAGGAAGAAUCAGCCUUGAAAAGGAAAAGAGACGGAGAGGACAUGGCUACAGAAUGGGAAAUUCCUGAAUCUGAGGAACACUUUGGCCAUGACAAGCGAUCCAAACAUCCUCCAAAGCACAUGCGCGAACGAGAAGCCGAGAGGGAGCGAGAGCGUUUCGAUGACCACGGACACAAGGAACGUGAACGUGAGGAGUUCAGAGAAAGACAACGAGAACGGGCCCUUAAUAAUGGCGGAAAAUUACACGAGAGGGAAAUGGAGGAGCGCAAACAGCGUCAAGAAAUUGGUCCUCAUGGUGUCAGGCGAGAAGAAAGAGAAAGGUUCCGAUUUCGAGCUCGUGGAGAAUAGGAUUAUGGACAUUAUUGCGGAGAAUGUGGAAAAAUGCCCCUCUUCUGUCAUCAGAUCUUUAAUAUCCUUUUUGUAGUGGAACAGUUAAACAGCGAUAUAGAAUUCAUACGGUGUAAAGGAAGGGUUAGCCGGUUGGAUGCUUUAAUAAAGGA